AUGGCUUUGGAGGACCUGUGCAAUUUUGAUGAUGUUUUCCAUCCAGAAACAUUUUCAGCGUCAGCAGGGAAAAAGAAAGGUUGUAGCUAUGCAACCAAUUUGCCCUUCAGGAAUAACACAAGUCUGCUACAUUUUUACAUACCAGUGGCAGAGUAUUUGGAUGAAAGCCCAAUACAGUUUGGGCAAAUCAACCUGAUGCAGAGCUCAAGUGCCAUCUCAUCUCAAGAGUGCCUCUUAACACCCUCCUGCGUGCCCACAAGCUUUCCGUUCGCUUCCUCUCAGCCUGUACCUCUUCCCUUCCCCAUGUCUCAUGGGACCACCACCUUGGCGUUCAUGUUUCAGGGCGGGGUCCUGGCUGCAGCAGACACUCGUUCCAGCUGCUCCGGCCUGGUGGCGUGCCCGGCCUCCCAGAAGAUCCUGCCCAUUCACAGCCACUUGGUGGGCACCACCUCCGGAACAUCAGCCGACUGYGCUCUUUGGAAGCGCAUACUGUCUCGAGAACUGCGGCUUUACCAGCUGCGCUACGGCCGCCGCUUGUCCACGAGUGGAGCUGCCAAACUGCUUUCACACAUGCUUCACCCCUUUAAGGGAACUGAGCUCUGUGUAGCUGCUACACUAUGUGGGUGGGACGGAGGAGAGCAAGAUGAUGGAUGUCCUGACAGUAACUCGGAAACAACAAAAACUCAAAACACUGACCAGGAAAUGACUGCAGAUGCCUCAAGCAGCUCAAAGAAGAAAAGAAGUUUGUCUGGACCCAGCCUGUUUUAUGUAUGCAGCGAUGGUACUCGUCUACAGGGGACACUCUUCUCUGUGGGUUCAGGAUCCCCCUACGCCUAUUCCAUCCUGGACCAAGGAGUUCAGUGGGGUCUGACAGUGAAGGAGGCCACAUCAAUAGCUCGAGAAGCUGUGUUCAGAGCCACCUACAGGGAUGCAUACUCAGGAAACUGUGUGGACAUCUAUCACAUCACCUCAAAAGGAUGGACUCGCCGGACGCGCGAGGACCUGAAAGAGGAACAUUACAGAGAAAAGGAGAGGCGACGAGUUGAGAGGGAGACACGGCACAAAUUUCUCCCAGCAAACACAUGCAGCAAACAAGAAACWUCUUGAGAAAAGAAAAGCAAAC